AUGAAAUUAAUUUUAAUAUUAUUAUUUUUCCAGUAUGGAGACGAUAAUAGUGGAUGUGGUAGAAGCAAAUCAUUACCAUGCCAAUCGAUUAAAUAUACAAUAGAGAUUGAAGCUGCCAAUUCAUUUGGAGCAGUCAUCAAUUUACUGCCUGGCGAUUACUUUGAAACAAAUUACACAACGAUAGCAAAUGCAAAUUAUACGAUUGUAGGAGUCGAUGGUCCCGACUAUACCAUGCUCCACAGCAACCUGGGAUUGUUCUAUGUCAACAAUUCCAAUUUCAUUCUUAUUGGUGUAUCCAUUGUCAACACUACCACCAAUUUGGUUGGAGAAUUUGUCAAGGGCAAUACUAUCAAUGCCGACGCUCUAGAGGCUGACAUUUCCUUCAAUAAUCCACAGGCAUUAAUUGUAACGAUCAGUCAAAAUGCAGCAGAUUAUAUUAUAUAUUCAAAACAAAGUUUAGUUUGGAUGAGAAGAAGUAUCAUUAUGAGUAACAACGCAUACUUUCUUACUUUUUGUCUUAGAACUAUAUUUUUUUUCGAAUAUGGAAUAGUUACUUAUAAUACUGCCGAUUAUGCUUUAUUUUUUGAUACAUCAAUUUUAAAAAUCGCUAGAUCAAGAUUCAGACUAAAUGCAUCAUUAUUUGGAAAUAUAAUAGCAAACAAUAGAACUUUAUUCAAUAUUAGUGAAUCUAUUUUUAGAGAAAAUGUUUCAUCUUAUAAUGGUGGUGUAUUUUCAAUUCAAGGUGAUAAUCAAUCAAAAUUUGAUAAAAAUUAUGCACCUGCAAGUGCAGCAUUUUCUAUAUCAUCCAAAGGAAUAGUUGUUUCACUUUGCGAAUUUAUAGGUCAAACAAAAGCAACAACUCAAGUGACAAUGUAUGGUGUUGCAGUCACACUAUUUGCAGAUUGUAGUUUUAAAGGUAUGAUUGGAACACUUUUUCAAAUGGAUCAAGUUUCAAUCUUAUAUAUUGUACAUUCAAAAGUAUCAAUGCAUGAAGGAAAAAUGUUGACAUCAUAUGGAAGAGGAGAAGCCAUUAUAACAAAUACAGAGGUUUCUAGUAAUAAUUAUUCCGAUGAUUUAAUUGUAAUAUUUAAUAGAGCUCGUGUAUAUUUGCUUCUUUGCUCAUUUAUCAAUAAUACAGUAUCGAGUUUUGUAACUUCAAAGUAUGGAGCAAAGGUGGUUUGGAUUGCCAGUUAUGCCAACAAUAAUACUCUCAACAAUCACAUGUUUGUUGGUUUCUAUCAAUUUGAAAUGACAUUUGAUAAUGCUUGGUUGGGUAAUAAUAUUGGUUUAAACAAAGGAGUAUUUAUUCAAUCAGAUCAAACAGGAUCCAUUUCAAUGACAAAUAGUCAUUUUAUAAACAAUACUGCACAAUAUGGUACCGUGUUGUAUCUAAGAACCCCAACCAAACACAACUUGACCUUUUUAUCUGAAAUGUACAAUAAUACAUAUUAUAGUAGGUGUGUUGCUCCUCUGCUAUGUACGCAUUGUCCAGAGAAUCCAAGAAAUUUUUGUUACUUUGGGUUCUUUGAAAACAAUACAAUCAUUGGCAAUUCAGUUUCCAAGGCAGGAGCAAUCGUCUAUUACGAAAAGAAUGAUGUCCUAAUGCGAUUUAUCUGUCGAUCCUGUUAUGAGCGAAAUAACACUGCCGACCAUGGACAAUUGUACAACACCUAUUUUGACUCUUUCGAGGUGAUUGUUCCUCGUACCAUGGGCACUCCAGAACAGAUACAAGCUAUUUUUUUGGCAUUGGAUGCAUUUGGAAAUAGGCUGCAAGGUCGCACCGAUGUCAGUUUCUUUAUUUCCUCGUGUCCCAAUGUUACUCUUACUGGCAUUCGAAAUGUUGGACUAUCGAUGGUUGGUAUGGCCGUAAUGUACAAUAUCAAAGUCAGUGCUCCACCAGGCACAGUUUGUAAUUUUACUUUUACUGCCGUAUCUUUACUUUUACCAACUCCUCAAGUAAUCAAUGUAAGUAUGGUAGUGAGAAAUUGUACUGGAGAUGCCACACCUUAUAUAGUUGAAGACACUUAUUAUUGUCUUACACUACAUGGAAUUUCAAACAUUUUAAAAAUAAUCAUGAGCACCAUUGCCAUUGUAAUCACUUUGUUUCUUAUGUUUUGUAUCGCAUAUACAUUUUACAAAAGAGAACAUCCCAUUAUUCAUUAUUCAAAUCAGUAUUUUAUGUAUACUGUUUUAUUUGGAUGUCUUUUGUCAUCAGUUUCAAUUUUCCCUACUCUUUUUGUUGGAACAUUUGUAACUGCUUUUGCUAUUAUACCAACUGGUAUAAUAGCAUUUAUUAGUAUAUUUAUUCAUAAUUUGAAACCAAGAUAUGUUUAUGAUCUUAACAAUUCAAAAGUAGCAUACACAUGUGGAAAUAGUGAUAAUAUCUAUUUAAUUUUAAUCUAUAUCUAUUUGGUAGCUAUAUGUCUUGUUGGAUCUGUUAUGGCAAUUAAAUUUAGAAAAUACAAAACUCGACAAGGCACUUUUCAUGAGCCAAAUGUAAUUGGUAUAAUGUUAUAUAAUGGAUUAAUUUUAUUAAUUAUUAUUAUACCACUACGAUUCUCAUUUCCUCAAAACCCAAAUGCCUCUACAAUCAUUGUUGGUUCUGUUAUUUUUGUUUUUGCAUUAUCAACAUCCAUAUUAAAUGAUGCCAUUGUUGUCAAUUUGAAAAAAACAAUUGAAGAACAAGAAAAUGAAUUACAAAGAAAUAAGGAUAUCUUAAAAUUCUAUUCAAUCUAUGGUGAUGAAAAUGAUCACCUCGAUUUUGCCAACCAAGAUAUAUUUUCUCCUAAUUCCCCUACGACGGCUGUUGUUGAUCCGAAUCACUUUUCACCAACUUCAUCAUCCAUCUCAUCAUCUUCCAACCUCUCGUCAUCAAACUCUCAUAUUGGUCAAUUCUCUGAUAAUAUCUUAUUCUCUGAUGUACAUGGAAUACCAGAUCCACAGCAACAACAACACGAACAAGGCAACCAAUUGAUAGAAUCCGAUGAUUCUACCUCUUCUUCUGAAGAUUUAGAGUUUGCUUUGAAUCAACACCUUUUCCAACAAAACCUUCAACAAAACCCUCAACAUCAACAACAACCCAACAACCAAGAAGAAGACGCAUUUGUAACGAAUCUUAGAAACAGAUUUAAAGAAAGGAGAGAUAAAAGACUCUCCAAAUCGGAAUCUUCAUCUCCAAUACGCCAUCGACCUUCUCCCAAUAAUAAAAAAUCUUAA